AUGACCGCAUCCGUCGCAAACGCCAACACGGGUACGCCAUCGUAUUCGAUGGCUUCGCUUUAUGUCGGUGAUCUUCAUCCCGACGUCACCGAGUCGAUGCUGUUCGAAAAGUUCAGCACCGCAGGUUCUGUGUUGAGCAUCCGCGUGUGCCGUGACAACGCUAGCCGUCUUUCCCUUGGUUAUGCUUAUGUGAACUUCCAGCAACCAACUGAUGCGGAACGCGCCCUGGAUACCAUGAAUUUUGACAUCCUGCAUGGCAGACCGAUGCGGAUCAUGUGGUCUCAACGUGACCCUGCCGUAAGAAGAUCAGGCACGGGAAACAUAUUUAUCAAAAAUCUGGACAAAGUCAUUGACAAUAAGUCUAUCUAUGACACAUUCUCGCUGUUUGGGAACAUUCUUUCGUGCAAAGUGGCCGUUGACGAUGAAGGUAAUAGCAAGGGUUAUGGUUUUGUUCAUUUCGAAACCGACGAAGCUGCUCAGAAUGCAAUUAACAAGGUCAAUGGUAUGCUGCUCGCAGGGAAGAAAGUAUAUGUGGGAAAAUUCCAGCCGCGAAGCCAGAGGAUGCGCGAGAUGGGGGAGUCCACAAAAAAAUUUACUAACGUAUUUAUCAAAAAUUUUGGUGAGAGCCUGGAUAAAGAAGGACUUCAGAAGCUUUUUGAACCUUUUGGUCAAAUCACGAGUUGUGCUGUCAUGACUGAUGCCGAGGGCAAAUCGAAAGGCUUUGGUUUUGUUGCUUACGAACAGCCAGAGCAAGCCGUGCAAGAAAUGAACGACUAUGUCAUCGAGGGAACUGAGUACAAGCUGGUCGUUUGCCGUGCUCAAAAGAAGAGCGAACGCAAUGCCGAACUUAAGCGCAAACAUGACCUUCAAAAGGUCGAACGCAUGCAACGUUAUCAAGGGGUUAAUCUCUAUGUGAAGAAUUUAGAUGAUACUGUCGACGAUGAGACUCUUCGCAAACACUUUGAGUCUUAUGGAAAAAUCACAUCUUGCAAGGUGAUGACGGAUGAGAAUGGCCGUUCAAAAGGUUUCGGAUUCGUUUGUUUUGAGAAGCCUGACGAAGCUACUAACGCUGUAACUGAGAUGAACUCGAAAAUGGUGUGUUCAAAGCCACUCUAUGUUGCAUUAGCACAGCGGAAAGAAGAUCGUCGUGCACAAUUGGCGUCACAGUACAUGCAGAGACUAGCAAGCAUGAGGCUCAGCAACAACGUACCUGGCACGAUGUAUACACCUAGCCAGGGUGGAUAUUUCGUCUCAAGCACAUUGCAGGGCCAGAGACCUCAAGCCACCGGUGGAAAGCAAGGUGCUGCUCCACUGUUUCAACAAUACCAACAAAACCAGCAGCAACGACCACAUAUUAAUCAGGGGAUAGUGGUUGGAGGACAAGAGCCUCUUACGUCUCAUAUGCUUGCCCAGGCUGCACCUCAGGAACAAAAGCAACUACUCGGAGAGCGCAUAUAUGCUCUGAUAGAUAGGUUGUAUCCCGGUCAUAAAGAUGCUGGAAAGAUUACGGGAAUGAUGUUGGAAAUCGACAACUCGGAGCUAAUCAUGAUGUUGCAAGAUAUGGAUCUGUUUAAGUCAAAGGUCGAGGAAGCAUCUUCGGUGCUUCAGUCGGCUGCUAAGAUGAACUGA